CCGCGGACUCGGGAGCGCGCGCGGCCUGAUCGGGAGGCCCCGGAUCCGGAGGGAGCGGAGGCGGGCCCGGCGCGGGGCCUGGCGGGGAGCGGAGCCCGAGCAGCCGGAGCGGGGCCCGGAUCCCCGGGGGCCCACGGCCGCCAACACGGACUUCCUGUGGGACAAGCGCACCGGGCUGGCUGCGAGGAGGAUGCCUCACUCCAGAAGGUACCGCUCUUCGGAGCGCAGCAGCCGAGGCAGCUAUCACGAGCGCUACAGAAGUCGCAAGCACAAGAGGCGGCGGACGCGGUCCCGGUCAAGCAGCAGUGAGCGUGACCGGCGGCACCGGCGGGAAGACAGUUACCACGUUCGCUCCAGGAGCUAUGACGACCACUCUUCGGACAGGAGAGCCUAUGACAGGCGCUACUGUGACAGCUACAGGCGGAAUGACUACAGCCGUGAACGAGGGGAAGCCUACUAUGAAACUGAGUACCGCCACUCCUAUGAGUACCGGCGCUCCCGGGACCAUGAUGGCAGCUACCGGAGCUGCAAAAGCAGCCGGCGUAAUAAGCACAGGCGGAGACGGCGCCGCAGCCGGUCCUUUAGCCGCUCCUCAUCGCAGCGGAGUCGACAGAGCAGCAGAAGGGCCAAGAGUGUGGAGGACGACGACGAGGGGCAUCUGAUCUAUCGCGUCGGCGACUGGCUACAAGAAAGAUAUGAGAUUAUUAGCACCUUAGGGGAAGGCACAUUUGGCAGAGUGGUGCAGUGUGUGGAUCACCGGAGAGGGGGCGCACGCGUUGCCCUAAAAAUCAUAAAAAACGUGGAGAAGUAUAAAGAGGCUGCUCGGCUGGAGAUCAACGUGCUGGAGAAAAUCAAUGAGAAGGAUCCAGAGAAUAAGAACCUGUGUGUGCAGAUGUUUGACUGGUUCGAUUACCAUGGCCACAUGUGCAUCUCCUUUGAGCUGCUGGGGCUCAGCACCUUCGACUUUCUGAAGGACAACAACUACUUGCCCUACCCCAUCCACCAAGUGCGGCAUGUGGCCUACCAGGUGUGCCAGGCUGUGAAAUUUCUGCAUGACAAUAAACUCACUCACACGGACCUCAAACCGGAGAACAUCCUCUUUGUGAACUCAGAUUAUGAACUCACCUAUAAUCUGGAAAAGAAGCGAGAUGAGCGGAGCGUGAAGAGCACGGCCAUCAGAGUGGUUGAUUUUGGCAGUGCAACAUUUGAUCAUGAGCAUCACAGCACCAUUGUCUCCACCAGGCACUACCGAGCCCCAGAGGUCCUACUGGAACUCGGCUGGACCCAGCCCUGUGAUGUGUGGAGCAUCGGCUGCAUUGUCUUCGAGUAUUAUGUGGGCUUCACCCUGUUCCAGACUCAUGACAACCGGGAGCAUCUGGCCAUGAUGGAGAGGAUCCUGGGUCCGAUUCCUUCACGGAUGAUCCGAAAGACCAGGAAGCAGAAAUAUUUCUACCAUGGUCGCCUGGAUUGGGACGAGAAUACCUCUGCAGGCCGCUAUGUCCGGGAGAACUGCAAACCACUGCGGCCACCCCCUCCCUACCAGCCCCAGCCAGGGGCUCAGCCGACUCCACCAGUCACCAAAGUGCCCCAGCCGCCAGCCUCUGCCAUGCAGCCCCCCAAGAAGCCAAGCCCCCCAGAAUCCAAAAACUACGGCUCCUAUGGAACUCAGGAAUCAACAGCAGCAUCCGCCACAGCUGAGCUGCUGAAGCGUCAGGAGGAGCUGAACCGGAAGGCGGAGGAGCUGGACAGGCGGGAGCGGGAGCUGCAGAACGCAGCUUUGGGCAAUGCUGCAAUCAGACAAAACAACUGGCCUCCGCUGCCCUCCUUCUGCCCCAUGAAGCCCUGCUUCUACCAGGACAUAGCUGUGGAGAUCCCCAUGGAGUUCCAGAAAACAGUCUCCUCCAUGUACUACCUCUGGAUGGCCAGCACCGUGACUCUCUUCCUGAACUUCUUGGCCUCCCUGGCCUCGUUCUGCGUGGAGCCCGCAACUGGUUCGCACUUUGGUCUCUCUAUCCUCUGGGUUCUCCUCUUCACACCCUGCUCCUUCCUGUGUUGGUACAGGCCAAUGUACAAAGCCUUCCGGAGCGACAGCUCGUUCAACUUCUUUGUGUUCUUUUUCAUCUUCUUCGUCCAAGACAUUCUGUAUGUGCUACAGGCCAUCGGCAUCCCAGGCUCGGGAUUCAGUGGCUGGAUAGCAAGUCUGACUGUGCUGAGGAAAAACCAGGCUGCUGCUGUGAUCAUGAUCCUGGUGGCUGUGUUCUUCACAGUGGUGGCCGUGCUGGGGAUCAUCAUGCUGAAGAGGAUCCACUCCCUGUAUCGUCGGACGGGUGCCAGCUUCCAGAAGGCACAGGAGGAGUUUGCCGCAGGCGUCUUCUCAAACCAGGCGGUGCGCACGGCAGCAGCCAAUGCCGCAACAGGGGCAGCGGGCAGUGCCUUCCGGGCACAGUAGGGGCAGGCCAAGCCCAAGGCCCCAUCACUCUCACAUGGGCUAUUCUUAAAGAAAAGGAAACCAAGUUGCACUUUCAUUGGGUCCCUUUGUGUCUGCCUCAGCCAAUCAGAGGCUUCCUCAUCCCAGCUUGGAAGCACGGAUGCCCAGAUACUCUGCUGCUCUAACCACCUCCCUCAUGGAUGGAGGCUGCUCGUGUUGGUGCCACCCCUGUGGACAGAGGCUGUGGGGAAAGAUGGGGUUCCCCUUGUGCUCAGGAAGGGGCUCUUGCCCAUUUCAUUUCCCACCAUGUCCAACACCAGCUGCUUGGGUGGGGUGGGAAUUGUGCCUGUUGCAUUUCCUGGUUCUUCCUGGCCACAGCUGCACUGUUGGCCUGAGAUCCCAGACCCCUCCCAACCCAUGGAAUCACUUCCUGCUUAACCCAGAGAACCUGCUGCUCCUGUGCAGAGGGGGAAGACUUGUAUCCUAAUCUCAGCCUCUCCUCUGUCCAUUCAGGGCGUAAGGCCAUGAGGGUGGAGCUGGCUCUGGGCUAGGCAGAGGUGAAGGUUUCUCACUGUACUGCCUUUGAAGUGGGGACCUCAUUAUCUGCCAAGGAUGCUCUUCCUCCAGUGGCUGCAGCGGCUGUGACCUCCCGUUGGGGGUGGCUUGCUGGUUGGCUGUUGGCCCAGUGUGAUAGUGAGGUGAGAAUGGGGAGCAGCUUUGGGGCUGCCACCCAGCACAUAUGUGCAGUGAAGGGUAAUUUUGGUGCCAAUAACCUGGGCCUAUGUCCCCUGCCCUGCAGCUGCCCACCCCGUGCUGUGGCUACAGCCUUUGGCCAGCAUAUGCCUUGGGGCCCUAUGGUGAACUCCUUCCUCGCAUGAUUAACAGGCGAGAGGCCUGAGCUGCUGCUCUGGGUGUUGGGGCUCCCUGUGCCUCUGCGCUGCCUGCCCUGUAGUACCAGGAGGCUGAGCCAAGCCUGAGGAUCUAGGUUUACUCUGUCAUUGGGGAAGUUGCAGAGCAGGCACCAUAGCCCUGGCUUCCCUGGCCCCUCUUGUGGGGGAGACACUAUGGACCUUCCAUACCCUGGCUCAGCUGAUGUAGCAUGAUUGUUCUUUGUAUGAUUCUUCAGUGCCUCUGGGCAUCAGCUGGAGGAGAUUCUGCUCCUAGCUUUCAUCUGCAUCCUUUCCCCAGGGAUCCCUACAUCUCUGCUCCAUAGUGCCCAGUGUCCUACUCUACUGGUGCUGUGUUCUCUCCUAGUGUGGUCUGCCUCCCCACCUCCUCCCCCAAUGCUGCAGGGGUCAUUCCUGCCCUGGCUGGUAGCACUCAUCACAGGCUGUCCUGAGGAAGCCAAACAAUGGAGAGGGAGGUGGGGGCAGAUCCCACAGCAUGAUGGCUUGUGGGUGGGGCAGGCACAGCUCUCCCUUCCCACCCUGGGAGCUGGGUUUGGCUGGCUUGAAACAGCUCUAAUGUUCUGGCCACUCCCUAGUGCCAUCUCUCCAGGCUCCAUUGCUAGCUAAAAGCCACUUAACUGCUGUUGUGGUGGCCACCCCCUCUCCUAUCCUGCCAGUGUGCUGGGGCAGCAAGCAAGACUCUCCCUGGCUCCAGGGCAGAGGCAUUGGUCCCUUUCCCUAGGGUGCGGGCUGGGUGCAGAAUAGGUUGCACUGUUGGUUUGAAUUCUUGCCUUGGCUGGGGGUGGCCAGCUCAGCAGAAGCAAUGAACUUAAUCUGCGGCCAGGGAGACUUAGGAAAACAUUUUUAGUGUCUAAUCAAACUGGAAGGGUGGUUGAGUUCUGGACUAGGCUCCCAAGGGAGGUGGGGGAAUCCCUGUCACUGGAGGUUUUUAAGAACAGGUUGGACAAACACCUGUUGGGGGAUCUAGGUUUACGCAACCCCGCCUCAGGGGAGGGGGGAGAUGGAUAGGACUUGCCCACAAGUGCUACCUUCCAGCACUACAUUUGUGCAUCCCUGCAGUGCAGCAGCCUGGCCUCAGCACUCCCUGGUUAACUCAGCUGCUGGCAGCUGUAGGAAGGGCAGGGAUAUGUUUCCUUUUGCCUCCUUUCUGUCUCUGGAGGGGUGGGGCUGGGUGCUGUCAGGGGAUGCAAGAGGCAGAAGGUGACAGCUGGCAUGGAGACUUUCCACACUACAGGCCACAAUUCACCUGCCCCAGAGCUGUGGUGAAUUAUUUUUUUUCCUGUGCCAAAUGCAAAGUCAGCUUUGAUUUUAUUUAAAAUAAUAAAGUUUAACUCCUUGUUC